UAAGAGAUAAUAAUCAUUAAAAUAAUAGUUAAAAAACCUUAUUCGAAACACUAUUAUUGAAAGUUAGGCCCUAAAACCCCAUUCGGUGCUGCCUCAACCCAGACAGCGUUUCUGCGACCAACAGCUACAACAGUUUUUCCCAACUCCGAACUAAUCGAAGAAGAUGACUCGCGGCAUAAAACACCGUCAGAAAGCCAAGAGCAAGAAGAAGGGCUCGAAGAAAGAGGGUGGUUCUUCUUCAUCUUUGGCGCCAGAAAUUCCAGCGAAGGUGUGGCAACCGGGCGUGGAUAAGUUAGAGGAAGGUGAAGAGCUUCAGUGUGAUCCUUCUGCUUACAAUUCUCUUCAUGCCUUUCACAUUGGAUGGCCAUGUUUGAGCUUUGAUAUUUUACGCGACUCUUUGGGCUUGGUUCGAACAGAAUUUCCCCACACAGUAUAUUUCAUGGCAGGGACUCAGGCAGAGAAACCUUCUUGGAAUUCUAUUGGAAUUUUUAAAGUAUCAAAUAUUACUGGAAAGAGACGUGAGCCAGUGCCUAAACUUGGAACUGAUGACACUGAAAUGGAUGGUGAGGAUAGUGACAGUGAUGAUGAUAGUGAGGAAGAAGACGAAGGUGGUGCUCAGGGUCCCAGUUUGCAGUUGCGUAAGGUUGCUCACCAAGGAUGUGUCAACCGUAUACGCUCCAUGCCACAAAAUCCUCAUAUAUGUGCAGCUUGGGCCGAUACCGGUCAUGUACAGGUCUGGGACCUAAACUCUCACCUCAAUGUUCUAGCUGAGACUGAAACAGAAGGUGUCCAAGGAGUUGCUGCAGUUUUUAAUCAGGACCCAUUGUAUAAAUUUAAACACAAAGAUGAAGGUUAUGCUAUAGACUGGAGUCCUCUUGUUCCUGGAAAGCUUGCAUCUGGGGAUUGCAAUAAUUGUAUUUAUCUGUGGGAGCCUACAUCUGCUGGAACGUGGAAUGUUGAUAAUGCUCCAUUUAUUGGACAUACUGCUAGUGUUGAAGAUCUGCAAUGGAGCCCUACAGAAUCUCAUGUUUUUGCUUCUUGUUCUGUGGAUGGAAACAUUGCAAUAUGGGAUACCCGUUUGGGGAAGUCACCAGCUGCAUCUUUUAAGGCACAUAAUGCUGAUGUGAAUGUAAUGUCAUGGAACAGGUUGGCUAGUUGUAUGUUGGCCUCGGGGAGUGAUGAUGGGACUAUUUCUAUUCGUGAUCUCAGACUGCUCAAGGAAGGAGAUUCUGUUGUAGCACAUUUCGAAUAUCACAAGCACCCAAUCACAUCCAUUGAGUGGAGUCCACAUGAAGCCUCUUCAUUGGCAGUUUCUUCAUCUGAUAAUCAGCUUACAAUAUGGGACCUUUCUUUAGAAAAGGACGAGGAAGAGGAGGCUGAAUUUAAAGCUAAAACUAAAGAACAAGUUAAUGCUCCUGAAGAUCUGCCUCCCCAACUAUUAUUUAUUCAUCAGGGACAGAAAGACCUGAAGGAACUACAUUGGCACACACAGAUUCCUGGAAUGAUUGUAUCUACCGCUGAAGAUGGAUUCAACGUCCUUAUGCCUUCAAAUAUUCAGAGCACACUGCCAUCGAAUGGUGCUUUGUAGACGCCCCCCGUGCUAAAUUUUCAAGCAAUAAGCUGCUUCUGGUUACGAUCAUCGUCAAUCUACUUGAAUGUUGUUGAAGAAAGUUUCCUAUUGUAACUUUUUUUUCUUUUUGGUUCCUUUUGUUUUCUUCUUGGCCCGUGCUUCAAGUUUUGUGGAUUAUCUGGUUAGCUUGGUAUUCUUCACUUGAUUUUGAAUGCAAUUUUCGUGUAUGCCGUCUAAACUAAGUCAUGUAGACCAAAAGUAAAGUGGAAACAAACAGGCUAAUUUAGCCAAAAAAUUUAUUUAUAUGCUCGUCAUAAUUUCAUUAUAUUGGAAUUUUUUAGCUAAUCAAUCGUCGGAAAUUUGUUAA